CUAUUUUUACGCUUCAAAAUAAAUACAAAAAUACCCAAUCAUUUAUCAAAUUAAUUUUAUAAUUAGAUGUUUUCACCAACUUAAAAAAUUAGAGAAGCUUCUCAUGCAGGUAGUUGGUAUUUAGGAGACGGUAUUUAAAAAAAAAUAAACUUAAGGCAAGCAAUUAGAUGCAUAAUUAAAUGAGUUCUUAUUAAAAGCUAAAUCAGAUACAAUACCAAACAUAAAAGCCAUAAUUGGACCGUAAAAAUAUUAUAAAAUAAUAGCCAUGCUGGCUUUUCUUAUUCAGGACCAACAGCAGCCUUUGCAUAUUAACACUUAGUCUAAAAGGAAAAGUAAUCGACUUUUUAUAUUAUUCUAGAAUGAGAGUAUUUUUACUUGGACCUUGCCAUCACACUUACAUUAAAGGAAUCGGAUUAUCUGAAUUAGAAAUGUAUGAAACACCACUUGGCAACAUAGAAUUAGAUUAACCUAGUAUUUACAUUUAAUAAAACUUAAGCAAUUAAGUAAAUAAGUUAAGAAUUGAAAAAAAAUUAUGUGUUUACUAAUAAAGAUAUUGAAGAACAAGAACAUAGUUUAGAAAUGCAUUUGCCAUUUAUUUAUAAAAUAUUUCCAAAAUGUAAACUAAUUCCAAUUAUGGUUGGUGCAACUACUGAGGAAUAAGAUGCUUAAUUGGCAAGUGUUUUAGUCAAAUAUUUUAUAGAUCCAAACACAAUCUUUGUUAUAUCUUCUGAUUUUUGUCAUUGGGGAAAAAGGUUUAUAUAAUAUAUUAUGAAUAUAGAUUCUAAUAUACUCCUUAUAAUAAAGAGCAUGGUGAAAUUCAUUAAUCAAUAGCAUAGUUAGAUGGAUAGGCGAUAAAAUUGAUUGAAUCACAUAACCUUAAAGGAUUUUAUCAAUAUUUAGAAGACACAGCAAACACUAUUUGCGGUAGACAUCCGAUAAGUGUUUUGAUGAAUGUAAAUAGAUUAUUUUUUAUUUAAGAUAAUUAACCAAAGCAAAUUAUAAUUAAAAACUUAAUUAGCAAAGUAUAACCAAUCAAAUCAAGUGACAUAAAAAAAUGAUUCCUCAGUGAGUUAUGCUGCAUUAGUCACUAGUUUAAUAUGAUUUUAUUAUCAC